UGCCGACAACCGCUCUGUUUAUUUACAUUUGAUUGUCUCAAAGCUACCUCCACCGGGUGUCAAUGUUUCCGACCAUUUCCCUACGUCUGUCGUGACAAAAAUGCAAUUCCAAGGCAUGGAUAUGACAAGUGCUACCCUCGGGAACAAAGAACAUCUUCGACCUGAGGGAAGAAAGAAGACCCAGUAUUAUAUAGAGACUAUCUUCAAACCUCCCGAGAAACUAACCUGUACAUAUUACCCAAGUAAUGAUAACUGUCAAUUUCCUUCUGAUGGUCAAGCCUGCAGUGGUUUUGUAGUUAUUGACUUUGCAUCAGUGUUUCAAAGAAUAAGUUUACUUGUAAAAUGCAAAAUAUGUACUGGAGCUGUUAUAUUUUCUCGAGCCCAAAUGGUUGGACUUGGGUUUAAGCUGGUAGUUGAGUGUCGAAACUGUGGUGAACUAGACCGAGUUGACUCAUCCAAGAUCAUUGGACCAACCUCAAAUGAUUAUGAAAUCAACGCAAGGAAUGAACAAGCCUGUCAAUUUCUAGCCAGCACAAGCUCGCACACACAGUCUAAUUUAGCAAAUGAAGCUGUUAACUCACAAGGACCUAUGUAUAGUGGAUCUCCCUUAGCAAACGCCCCGAGGUCGGAUAUGAGGUCACAUACACCGGGGGAAUCAGUGAACUUUCAGAAUUCGCAGGGUUAUUUUCCCUCUAAUGAUUGGCAAAACCACAGCUCCUUUGGUAGACAAGAAGGCAGUCUUGCAAUGCAAACGCCUGUUCCAAUGCCAAUGCCAAUGUCACAUUCUUCCAACUGGCAAAUGGGAUCAGAUGAUGUUAGUGCUUCAGAAACAAGAGGUUCUUGUGGCAAUGAUUCUGAAGGAGAGGAGGAUGAUGAGGAUGAUGAUGAAGGAACCAAUCAACACAAUUUAUCUUUACAACAUAGUCCACACAUGUCACAACAAAAUGAAAACUCAAAUUCAUGGACAAGUGGCUCUCACAAGCCUAGAAGGAAAGUUAUAAAGAAGCAAAGAGCUGAGGGUCAACGUCUAACAUCUGACACUCCACUGCCCAACUUUUCAUCAUAUGUGUUGGCAGAGCUAGCUAAGCCUGCACCAAAGAUGUCAGUAGUUCUUCCACCCUGCAAGGCUUAUAUUGUGGCAGUGACUGGUGAUGAGUACCCCACUAAAAAGGAAUAUGAAAUAUUCUCUCUUAAAAUGAUACUAGCCUAUCCCUCAUUAAGGGAUCCAGAUACUGAACAUGGCUUUGAACGCUUUAAGAAAUCUCUUAGUUCUUCUUUCCGAGCCCGAAGAAGCUAUGAGAAAAAUAUCAGACCUGGGAGGCUAGAAAAAAAGUUAUUACAAAGUGGCUUGGACCCCAGUGCAAUGACCUUACCGCUACCUUCAGUAUUGAACCCAAAUAAUCAAAUACCAUUUAAUCAACCAUCCACAAGCACAUUAAAGGAGCCCAAAUCUGAAGAAGAUUGGAAUGCCAGUAGUGAUUCUGAGGGCAGUGAAUACAGUGGAAACACUUCUCACCAAAAUGCAAAUGCUGGAUCUGAUAAUGAUAGUUAUAGCCCUCGAAAGAAAAAGCCAAGAAGAGUAAUUAAGAAACAAAGGGCAGAGGGUCAGCGUCUAACAUCAGAAACACCAUUGCCUGACUUCUCAAUUGAUGUUCUGACAGAGUUGUCAAAGCCUGCUCCAAGAAUGUCAGUUGUACUACCAACAUGUAAGGCACACAUUGUAGCAGUCACUGGUGAUGAGUAUCCUACCAAAAAGGAGUAUGAAAUAUUUUCUUUGAAAAUGGUGUCUGCAUUUCCAUCUUUAAAAGACCCUGAUACUGAACUUGGUUUUGAGCGUUUUAAAAAAUCACUUAGUGCUUCGUUCCGUGCCAGAAGAAGUUAUGAAAAAAAUAUCAAACCUGUCAGGCAGAGCAGGAAGUCACUAGCACUGGAACCAAUGCAUUCUAAUGACAUGAGUGUCCACUUGGCACUAAUGCAGCCAUCCUCAGCAGAUGAAGAGAUGAGAUUAGCUGAUGAAGAAUUGGCUUCAAUUAAUUUUGAAUUAGAGCCUGACAGAGCAAGGUAUUUAAUUGAUAAGAGCUUUAACUAUCGCAAACGAGCAGUUGCCACUGUUGGUUUUGAAGAAAGUGUUUUUCUACAAACAUACAAACACCUGAGUAACUGUGAUAUGCUUGUUUAUGAAUAUUCACUGAUAGUGAACAUUAGUGUACAAGAUUUAAGGAAUAAUUUUAAUGAGGGUCUACUUGUUCUGACAAAAAUGUUCUGGAACACCUUGGGAUUUUCAAAUGCUGAUGAGGACCUAAAAAAGGCUCAAGUUAUGGUUCACCUUCAAGAGCAUUUCUUAAACCAAAAACAUAAUAGGCAAGAUACCAAACCAAAGCCCCUCUUUGUGAUAAAAAAUGAACUGGCUGCUUUUAAUGAUGGAGACAAUUGCUUCCGGAGCACACAAAUUCCUUGUGCUUUAAUUCUAACAAAUGAAGAAGGUCGCAUAUCAAAGGUUAUGAUUACAUUUAAGGACAGCAUUCUAGUACAGAAGCCUAAUGGAACAGCUUUUGAUGCGUGUUCAUCCCUUCUAGCAUUCUUCUUCAUACUCAACAUCAAAUAUCCUCAAGUAUAUCUAGAUAAUCUUAAGGCUCUUGAAAGGUUGUUAAACAGAAAACUGUGCUUCUCCUCACUUCAAACUACAAUUAGCAGUCCAUAUAGCAACUAUGUUAAACUGUAUGAUGCUACUUUGAAAGAAAUGCAACAGUACAUUUAAUAUGUGCCCAUGGUUUUGUUAAAUGCUUUCAUAUUGAUGUUUCUAUAUCUUGAAGAAUACUAGAAAUUCGUAUGAGAAUUCUGACUUUAUUGACAAAACAAAUGUUUGACUUAGCACUUGUCUAUGGUUUCAAGGGAGUUUCAGUCUCUAUUGUCUUAAGAAAGGCACUAUAAUCUUCCAAAAUGCUCAAUUUUAGUGUUUUGGUGUUUCUUAAGGCUUUUUCUCUUAAAUUCACUAGGUCCUACCUUUGUAUUUCUACUGUACUUUUCCUGUGUUAUUCCUUGUUUUAUUCUUUAUAUUUAUCAGUAUGUUUUGUUUUUUUUUGUUUCGCAUGUUAAUAUGUUAGACAUAUUUAGAAUUGUUCUUUCCUUUCCUUCUGUUCUUUAAAAUCUAAAGUAUAUAAAUCAAAAUAAAUUAUUUGUGUGUAUUAUAAUUUUAUUAGAAAACUGUACUAUCAGUCACGAAAUGUUAGCGUUCUGGCUGUUUAUUUGAAUAGCAAACUUUAUUAUUUGAGAUACCUGAUUCUUUAAUCUAAGUUUUAAAUUGUGUGUGUAAAAUAUUCAUUGUGGCUUUCUCUAGGCCAUAACAGAUUGAUAUGUAUGGCGCACACGUCCAGUGAACUGUGUGGGAAAAGAUUUCUUGGCAGCUAUGGCGCGAGCUACUUCCGUAGACCCUGCAAUAAUUUUAUGAUUCGAUGUCUAAAAUAAAUACAUUUUUAUAUGA